AUGAAGGAAAAUAUCUUCACUCUGUCCGCAGACGUUGCCGACCAUGUCCGCUGUUAUUGGUGCGAGGGCGGACUGAAGGACUGGCAGCAGGACGAUGACCCCUGGGAGGAGCAUGCGCGGUGGUACGGGCCGGAGUGCGGCUACGUCAUCAUGAACAAGGGCAUGGACUACAUCCGGGACAUCAGGACACGCCGUCCUCCCGUCGUGCAACAGCCACAGUAUCGUUGGGGGAUCGAAACAAGUAUCAUUCAAACUAUUCUCGAAAUGGGCUUCGACGAGGACAGGAUACAAGCUGUCGUCCACAACCAGUGGCAGCGACACAACCGGCCUUUCACAUCCGCAACAGAACUUUUAACUGCACUCCUACCACAAGAGGAGGUUCCAUAUUACCCACCCCCAGAAGAGCUGGAGGAAGAACCACCUUUCGCUUUUCAAAAUGCGCCUGUUGUUACUCCUGCACCCGCCGCUCGACUACCACCUAUGGAUGAACAACCUCUGGAUCCUGAGACCAUGGAGCGUGAGUUACGCCGUCUCCGUGAAGAGAGGCAGUGUAAGGUGUGUCUGUCUGAGGACGCCUGUAUGGUGUUCAUCCCGUGUGGACAUCUCUGCUGCUGCGAACACUGUGCCAACAUGCUGAGGAUCAGGGGACGCCGCUGUCCGCUGUGUAGGGCGCUGUUCCAGAGGGUUCAGCGCGCAUUUCUGGCAUAAAUUGUUACACCACACCGACUUAAUUUUAUGGAUGACAUCCUUCGAAGACGUCCAAACUAGUGCGCGCGGGCGAAUAAAAAAAAUUCCGGCCAAAAAUACAAAUACUAAACCACAGGAACACAAAGCUAGUAU